CGGGAAAAACGAACUCACCGCCAAAAUACAUACCUUUGACUCGUUAUUGUCCGUUUCGAAACACGCCAAAACACCUGAACAGCGCACCGCCAGUCUCCGUCACCAUCUCCAUCUCGCCGUCGCCGCUUCGCUAACAGCGCCGGCGGACGGUGGGGAGACUGGGCAGGCUGCGCACCUCUUUCCUCCCUCAUCUCCUCAUCUGGAAAUGGGGAAGUCAUCUCCGUCGGACAUAGAGUCGAGGACUGAUAAUGCUCGAGCCCCGCAGUCCUUUUAUCCGCCCAUGAGCAAACCAUGGUUCCCUUGGCUCAUGCCCACAUUCGUCAUCGUAAAUGUGGCCGCAUUUGUUUACACCAUGUACAUUAACAACUGCCCGGCCACAACCGGUCGCCAUAGAUGUGUGUUCCCCUCUCUCGGCAGGUUCUCUUUCCAGCCUCUCUCUCAGAACCCCCUCUUUGGCCCCUCAACCAAAACGCUAGAACUAAUGGGAGGACUUGAGUGGAUAUUAGUGGUGAAGGAAGGUGAAGGAUGGCGCCUGAUCUCUUGCAUAUGGCUUCAUGCUGGAGUUAUUCAUUUGCUUACUAAUAUGAUAAGUCUUCUUUUUAUAGGCAUCCGCCUUGAACAGGAAUUUGGCUUUUUGAAAGUAGGACUAGUAUAUGUUAUUUCAGGCUUUGGUGGGAGCUUAUUAUCUUCCCUUACUCUUCGGUCAUCCAUAUCAGUUGGUGCUUCAGGUGCACUUUUUGGAAUGCUGGGUGCCAUGCUUUCUGAGCUUAUCACAAAUUGGACAAUCUAUGCAAAUAAGUGUGCAGCACUUUUGACCCUCAUGUUCAUAAUCAUCCUCAAUUUGGCCAUGGGUUUUCUCCCUCAUGUGGACAAUUCUGCUCAUAUUGGAGGAUUCCUUUCAGGGUUUUUUCUUGGUUUUAUUCUUCUCAUUCGUCCUCAGUUUGGAUGGGUUAACAAGAAGCAUAUUCCCCCAGGAUAUGAUCUGCCAUAUACGAAACCAAAACACAAAUGUUAUCAAUAUCUUUUGUGGAUUAUGGCCUUUUCCAUUCUAAUUUGUGGAUACGUUACUGGCUUGGCCAGGCUAUACGGUGUGGAGCCACUGAAACACUGACAUUAUAUUCUCCUGAGCAUAGUGUUGCUAAACCAUCCACUUCUUUGUUAGAACAUUUCACUAAUGUUUGUGCAUUGAGCACAAAGCUACCAACUACCCUCAUCAGGAUUAACCAUUUCUUGCUUUUCUUCAUGUCCUAACCUUUGAAGCUUUUGCACCCAUUCUCUCUCAACGUGUAUCCUCUAAUUGGAAGUGAAAGGGUAAGGGGGGAAAUGUGCCUGAAUCCAGCUCAUGGAAAUAGUUAUAUGUGAAAUCCCCAGCAUAUCUCAAAGGACCGUGUGAAAACAGUAACCGAUUAUAUAUAUAAAUACCACUAUUCAUGAGUUUGUUUCUACAAUAGCAGAGGCUGUAGUUUGUUUCUAAAAGGCUGUAGACUACAUCAUAUCUUGAAUCUGGUAAUCAGGAUGAAUUAUAUAUUUAUAUCUUACCCUUUCAAGGGGAUUUUUUUUCAUUGAAUCAACUGCUAAGGUGUAUAAACAUGAGUUGCUU